CUCUCUGUAGCACCUCUAUAAUUGUUUGUGUCCACUUUUUAACAUGUUUCAGACCAACCUCUCCUUCUAAUCUGUGCAUAUACUCCCAUAUCUCCCAGAGCAAACCCUUCUCUCUCUCUCUCUCUCUCUCUCUCUAAGCAGACAUGGCAAGCGAGCAAGAAAAUUCACAUGCUUACCAUGACACCGACGAGGAUGAGGAAGAAGAAGCAGAACAAGAAUUAGGAGAAUGUGAAGAGGAAGAGAGCUCCCAGCAUGGCUGCGAAACCAUGUACUCGGCGUGCUUUCCUCGUCGAAGGGGAUGCUCACUAGGGAGGGUUUUGGACCCUGGAACUCCAUGGAUUCAAGAGUGGAACAGGGUUUUCCUCCUGGUGUGCGCCACCGGCCUUUUCCUGGAUCCUCUCUUCUUCUAUGCGCUCUCCAUAAGCGAAAACUGCAUGUGCUUCUUCGUGGAUGGCUGGUUUGCCAUCACUGUCACCGCUCUCCGGUGCAUGACCGACGCCUUACACCUAUGGAACAUAUGGCUGCACCUCAAGAUGUCCAAGCGGACUUUUGCCAUCGGAGGUGAGGAUAGAAGCCGGCUACACGACACCAGUGCCCGGAAAGUGGCUCUCCGGUACCUCAAGGCCAAGAAGGGCUUCUUCUUUGAUCUCUUUGUCAUCCUUCCUCUACCCCAGGUUGUACUAUGGGUAGCAAUCCCUGCAUUGUUGGAAAAGGGUUUAACGACAGCAGUGAUGACAGUGUUGUUAAUAAUGUUUCUGGUCCAAUACCUCCCAAAAAUCUAUCACUCUGUUUGCCUCUUACGCCGAAUGCAGAACCUCUCCGGCUACAUUUUCGGCACCGUUUGGUGGGGAAUCGCUCUCAACCUCAUUGCAUAUUUUGUUGCAUCACAUGCGGUGGGAGCAUGCUGGUAUUUGCUAGGGAUCCAAAGGGCUGCAAAAUGCCUGAAGGAGCAAUGCAGAGGAGCAAAUAUUGGUUGUUCACCAAGAAUAUUGGCCUGUCAAGACCCCAUUUACUAUGGAGCAACCGACUUGGUGAGAGGCCGAACAAGACUGGCAUGGGGGGAGAACAAAGAAGCAAGGUCUAAAUGCCUAGAAGGUGACGAUAAAUUUGAUUAUGGAGCUUAUAAAUGGACUGUUCAACUUUUUACAAACGAAAGCCGUUUGGAGAAAAUACUCUUUCCCAUUUUUUGGGGCCUAAUGACUUUGAGUACAUUUGGGAAUCUGGAGAGCACAACAGAUUGCUUAGAAGUUGUUUUCAUUAUCAUUGUUUUAACCACUGGGCUCCUUUUGGUCACUAUGUUGAUUGGAAAUAUCAAGGUGUUUCUGCAUGCAACCACAUCAAAGAAACAGGCAAUGCAGUUGAAGAUGAGGAAUAUAGAGUGGUGGAUGAGGAGGAGACACUUGCCAACAGGUUUCAGGCAGAGAGUGCGAAAUUAUGAGCGCCAACGCUGGGCAGCAAUGCGUGGAGUGGACGAAUGUGAGAUGAUUCGGAACCUCCCUGAAGGCCUUAGGAGGGACAUCAAGUACCAUCUCUGUUUGGACUUGGUGAGGCAGGUACCCUUGUUUCAACACAUGGAUAACCUUGUCCUAGAGAAUAUCUGUGACCGCGUGAAGUCACUCAUUUUCACAAAGGGAGAAACAAUAACCAGAGAGGGUGAUCCAGUUCAGAGAAUGUUGUUCAUAGUAAGAGGCCAUCUACAAAGUAGCCAAGUACUAAGAGAUGGUGUAAAAAGUUGCUGCAUGCUAGGCCCUGGAAACUUUAGUGGUGAUGAGCUUUUGUCAUGGUGCCUCAGACGGCCUUUUGUUGAACGGCUACCACCAUCUUCAUCCACACUAGUCACCCUCGAAACCACAGAAGCAUUUGGGCUAGAAGCCGAGGAUGUGAAAUAUGUUACUGAACAUUUCAGAUACACAUUUGUUAAUGAGAAAGUUAAGAGAAGUGCGAGGUACUACUCUCCGGGGUGGAGAACUUGGGCAGCUGUGGCGAUUCAGUUGUCUUGGAGGAGGUACAAACACCGGCUGACACUCACUUCGCUGUCAUUCAUAAGGCCGAGAAGGCCCUUGUCGCGGUGUUCUUCACUUGGGGAGGACAGACUCAGGCUUUACACAGCUCUAUUGACUUCACCAAAGCCAAAUCAGGAUGAUUUUGAUUUUUGAAAUCAAUCAAAAGCUGUACAGUAUGAUUUGUGUGUGAAACUAUAAUAGUAAUAAUCAUGUGUUAGUAUUAUGUAUCAUGUUCUUUCAUUAUUUCAUUUUUGUUGAGACACAGGCUUGGUUCUGAAUUAUGAGAGUAAAUUUGCAAACCUUCAGUUUA